UCGAAAUAUCAGCACUGUUAUGUUUGAGAUAUAAUGUUAUUAGGCAACCACAGGAUCUGGUUAGCAGCACGUUAUUGUAACGGCUUUAAAGUGUAGCGUUUAAACUGUAUUUUGGCAUUUACAAAGUUAGGAACCUCUACCAGAAUUAGCAUGGAGCUUGACCGACGACUACUGUUGGCACACUGUGCCGCCCACACCCUUUCGGUUCUGGCCGGACUACUUGUGGUGAUACCGCUUGCACUCAACGGAUCUGCGUUUAAAGGAAGAUGUGCGUUGUUUAGCCAAGGCUUCUGGCGGACAGAGAAUCUAACCCUUAACAACGAAGAAUCGAAAGAGGUCACACAUCUGGUAAUACAACAAUGGGGACCACCGGCCGCUUGCCAGUUCGCUACAUUUGUCGGAGUCUUUACGGUGUUGUACGGCGCAGCACAGGGGUGGCGAAGCCUGUUUUACCUCCACCGGCGACAUGACGACACGCUAUUCUCUGCCUUCCUCACCCUGCUCCUGAGCUUGUGUGUGCUUUUCCUCUCUGGAGGGGCGAGUGUGACCCUCACCUUGGGUCUUGUGUCCUGGUGUAACACCGUCACUGACCAAAACACCCGGCCAUACAGCUGUGCAGAGUCCCAGGCUAUUCCCCUGUACCUGGAUGUUGAGACGUCUUCAUUUUACACCGAACUCACCUGUGCGCAGAUCUCUCUGUGGUGUGUGACAGUUCUGUGGUUGACUCACUCAAUCUUGUCCUUCCUGCGACUUUAUCACUCCCACAGUCAGCACAUCAGCGGUCCGUGCCUGCCCAGAGAGAAGGAGCGUUUGCUGGGGCAGCCGCGUUCGGACUCGCCUCCGCAUCCCCACGGUCACUCAAAUUCCCCACAAAGUCCCAGUGCUUUUAUCUAACUAGACGAGGCCUCAGGGCACGCUCACGUAGAUCACAUUUUGCUGCCAGCAGCUCCAUCUGGCCUUGGACAGAGAUUUGAAAGUUUGUGAAUGAGGAGAUGAGGUCGUACUAAUCUGUAAUGGGGGUGCUGGCUGCAAAGUCUGGUAAAAGUGAGCAUACCAGUUUGCGCUCGUCCCUUUGUCAGUAUUUCACAAAACAGGAUUGCUGAGUUAGACCUCUAACUCAAAUUAGUAUCGUUUCAGUAAUGUUGAGUGUUUUUAAUCUCGCUGUUGCUUUCUCGCAUCCAAGGUUUCACUUUAAAUUUGUGUCUCUUAGAGGGCUAGUUUGAGAUAAACCUGAAUUGCAAUAAGCACAAGAUAAUUACUCUCCCAUUUGGAAUGGCACAUAACCUGGCAGUCCUGCUUCACAUAUACGCCACGUGCACUGCAAGCUAAAUGUCUGUUUGUCCCUGCAUGUCAGUGAAGAAAAUAAUUUAAGGUCACCAAAAAAGACCUCAGAACAGUAAUUGAAUUAACUGUCUCAACUUGAAACAAACUGUCAGUUUUACACUUUGGUUUUUUGUACUUGUAGCUCGUGUCUUUCGUGUUCUGUUAUGAAGCUUGUGGUACAACAAAAUCAUAUUGAUGCGUUUUGCACACACCAUUUAAUAUUAACAUUGUGUCAAAUGAGACAACUUUUAGAUAUUGAGCGUGUUGCUUGUCACAAAAUGGCAAACAUUUGUGUAUGACUUAGAUAAGCUGAAGUAAAUAGGAAGGGUAAAACUAGCAUGUUUCUGUCCAACCCCUGUUGUUUUAUGUACAAUGAACUGUGAACAAGCCUUAGCACUCUUUCCCGCAUGCUUUUAAUGUUACAGCUGCACACCUGCCUCACUCUCUCUCCUCUCUGUGAAGGUUUUUAUUUGAUGCUAUUUGUGUCGAUGCAGCCACAGAGACAAAAAAAAAAAAACCUUAAAUCCGCAUUAGGCCUCACAGCACUGCUUAGGGAUUUCGUUUGGAAUUUGGGAGACUGCUAGGGAGGAAUGGGGGAGCCACAUGAAGAGGAAUUUGAAAAAUCCAUUACCCCUCUGACCUCUGACCCAUGUAACCCUGGUUUCUGAUUGGCUGUGGUGACACACAGAUAGCAGAUCAAGAAACUGGAGAAUUAGAGAGAGAAGGUGUGCAUUUAUUGUUUUCAAAUGUAAUUAUUUCUGAUUUUGGUG